UUGUAAUACACAGAGACUCCGUCGCGACCGGUCCGCGUGCAAUAAUAAUUAUUAUUAUAAUACUUUUUUUUUAUUUUGCUCCAUUCGGUUAAAUAAAUAUAUUAGUAAACCGUUGUUGUCAUUAUCAUUACCACCUCAACCGUCGACAUGUUUUUGACCAACAAUUUUUGGAUAUGUUUCAAAGUGUUUAUGACCAGCAGCGUCAUGGCUUUCCAACAGUUGAUCGUGGGCAGCACCAUUGGGUUUUCCGCUAUUCUAUUGGCUCAACUUCAUCUACCGGGAUCGCACUUUACCGUCAACUACGACGAGGCUUCGUGGAUAGCCAGCCUUUCCAUACUACCGUGUCCCGUGGGUUCGUUGAUUUGCGGCUACUUGACCGACAAAAUAGGUCGAAAGCACGCAUUACAGCUGGCCUAUAUACCGUUGCUCGUAAGCACCGUGAUCCUCUACAACGCCGAGACCGUGACGGCCGUCUACGUCGGUAGGAUAUUUGCCGGACUAUCUGUCGGCACCGGAGCACCGACGUACGCGUACAUAGCGGAAACGAGUCCGACCAAAUGGCGACCGCUGUUCUUGUCGCUGUUGGCUUUCUACGUGGGAUUGGGCAUGACCCUGUCGGCUGCGCUCGGCGUGUUCUUCCACUGGCAGACGGUGUCCGGCAUUUUCGCCGUGCUCAGCCUGGUCGGGUUCGCGCUGCCGUUCGCCAUACCGGAGACGCCCGCGUACCUGCGGUCCCGCGGCUGGGAACAGGAGGCACGCCUGUCCGAACAGUGGUUCGGUUUCGUGUUGCCCAGCAAUCGCGAGGAGCAACAGUCCGCCAACGACGAUCGGAAGGACGCCGUCCCGUUGUGGAAACAGAUGACCCAGCCCACCGUGUGGAAACCCACGUUGGUGGCGUUGCUGUUUUUCGUGUGCCAACAGAGUUGCGGGUUCUACGUGGUGGUGUUCUACUCGGUGGACGUGCUCAAGGACUGCCGGGUGCCGAUCGACGGCAUGACGGCCAACGUGUUCCUGUCGGCCGCCCGGACCAUGGGCAGCGUGUUCAACCUGCUGUUGCAGACCAUGCCCAAGAAAACGUUGACCGUCAUCUCGGGGCUGGGCAUGUUCACAAUGCUGUCGGCCAUCACCGUCUACCUGCACGUGUUCGAAGACACGGACGACCCGCCGUUCGCGGGCCUGCUCAUCUACGCGUUCCUGUUCUACGUGUUCUUCGCCAUGUUCUCCGUGUUGCCGCUGCCGUGGAGCCUGUGCAGCGAGAUAUUCCCCAUGUCCGUCAAGGGCACCAUGAGCGGACUGCUGUACUCGGUCGGGUACGAGCUCAUGUUCGUCGCCAUCAAGAUAUACCCGGCCAUGGUGUCCGCGUUGGGCAUCGAAUGGGUGUGGACCAUUUUCAACGGGUUCUGCAUAACCAUCGUGCUGUUCGGCGCGUUCGUCCUGCCCGAGACCACCGGAAAGUCGCUCGACCAAAUCCUCGAGAAAUUCGAACACCGUCCCAGGCUCGACACCAACCGCAAACAAAGGGAAAUUCCUUGAGCUUGUUUCCGCAGCAGCGGUAAUGGCAUUUUACCGUAUCACCAUUUUGCAAAGUUUACUUGCACGGCCGCGAGCCCAACGUAAGAUACGCGACAUCUGUCCCCGCGCCUGUUGCAAUACCGACGGUUAGGUGUACAUUGAUUUUUUUUUUUUAAGUACUUAGCAGAUAAAAAUAUUAAUAUGUAAGUUUUAAAGUCAAACUUGUUUUGUUUUGUGCAUCUAAAUCGUUAACACGUAUAGAUUAGUGUAUACUCUAAUUAGUUAGACUUACAAGAGUACGACAUUACUUAGUUUUAAGACCAACUACGAAACGAUACAAGUGCUUUUUUUUUUUGUUUUUACCGUAUAAAGUAUUUUUUGUUUAGACAUUUAAGUAUUUAUAACUGGUUGUUUUUAAAUUCUCAUCAUAAACGUACGCGCUAAUAGCGCUAAUUUUGUCAUAAUGUCAUUAGACUAUUAUCGGAUUUAUGAUGAUUUUUAUAUCUUUAUUUUUUUGCCAGAAGGGAGAAUGCACGUUAUAUUAUUAUUUUAUGUAACGAUUAUUGUUAUUAGACUUGGAAAACAAGUAUUUACACUGUGAUAAUGUAAGUUUAAUGAGGGUUGACCGGUAGACGUGCAAUUAUCGCCUACAUGUUAGCUAUAUGUAAAUAGAUAUAUAUGUAAAUAAUAUUAAAUUUUUCUUUUUACAUUAAAAAGUCAAAUUGUAUGGAUAAUUGAAUGAUUAUAUUGUUCGGAUCCACGAGUAUAGUAGUUAUUAGAACAAACUUUGCGUUACUUAAGUUUGUUGUUUAUAUUAUUUUGUUAAUAAUUUGUAUCUUUAGUUAUUGUCAAAAACCACCAAUUUUGUACCUACACGUCAUAAGAAUAUUGUACAUUUUAUACCGAUUUUAUUAUU